AUAACCAAAAAGGACAGGAAAAGAAAGAAAAAGAUGGAUUCAUCUAAGCAACAAUUCCGUGCAGGUGAAGGCCACGCCUUGACUGAAGAUUGGCUUCAAUCUGCUAAAGAUACCACAACCGGUGCACGUGACAAUGUGGCCAAUGCAGCUCAGACCACCAUGGACACUGCCCAACAACGUCAGGACGAGACUGCCAACUUCUUCCAGCAGACAGGAGAGCAAAUGAUGAAUAUGGCACACGGUGCCGUGGACACCGUGAAGAACACACUUGGAGUGGCUGACAACAACAUCACCACCACCAACACCAACACCAACACCAGGAAGUGA